CGCGUGUAAACAAAAACAAUAACAAAGGAAGGGCGAGGAUGUAAACAAACGGCAUUUCUUCAGAAUCUGUGGUAUUCUUUUAUAUUAAAUCGAAUAAUGUUUCCGUUUGAACUAUUUGGUUCCAGGAAAGCAAGACGUCAUUAUAUCGGGAGGAUAACCAAGGAUUUACAAACAACAUAUAAACCAGAAAAGAAUUCUUGCAUUAGUGUCAAACAAAAUGGGGGACAUGGACUUACCUUUGCUAUCAAACAUAAAGGACAUAAGGGCACGGCACUAUCUCUUACAUCUCAAAACAAGUGUAGUUAGUCAGAUAAUUGAAGGAACUGUGUUUAUCUUCCUAGAGCCUACAACACUUUGUGAGAAAAACGGGUAUUGUUGCGUGUGUGAGUGUUUCUGUUCAGAUAAAAGGAAGGUUGUUAGUGAAUCUGGCCAAAAUUUACAUCAUGGUACAGAUGUUUUUCCUAAUCAUGAAAACAAUACAACAUUUGCAAGGACUUCUAGUGGGUAUAGUGAAAUAGACCAAACCAGUUUUGGCUGCACACCAAAAAGUUUUCAUCAAGGUUUUAACAAUGCUGAAAAAAAUCCAUGUAGAAAGGCUACUCUGACUGAUUCAAGUAGUUCAGGUAUUCACUGUGGCCAAAGUAACCUAGAAAAGGAGUGUGAAUUAAUAAGUCAAAGAUCAUGUGUUGUAGAGAAUGAACAAGAAAGCCAGAACAAAUUAGGGAAAGCAGAGAAAGUAGAUUCUGAUGAUGUCUUAGUAAAUCAUAUUUUGCAUGAAGUUGCUACUCAAUCAGAAACACAAAAUGAUUUUAAGGUUGUACUAGAUUGUUGUGAUAUUAAGGUAAAAUCUGUCACUGAAGUAAUCUGCAAUAAAACUGAAGUUUCACAGUACUUACAUCCAGCAUUUAUUAGAAACUGCAGCUUUGCCCUAAAUACUUGGUCAAGCAAAGAGCAGGUACCACUUCAGUACACUGUGGAACCUUGGUCUAUUAAUAUAUGGAAAAAUAAUGUGCAAAGAGUUGCUGAUUUUCCCAGAGUUAUAUGCAUCAAAUAUGAAACACUGCCACAAGGAAAGUCACUUCUUUGGAGGAACGACCAAGAUGGCAGUCCAUGUGUGUUUACUCCAGCUGCCACUAUCAACAACCGCUCAUUACUCCCAUGUCAAGAUCCUCCAUCAGCAAUGGCUACAUGGCAAGCUUGGUUUACAGUGCCAAAAGGGUAUUAUCUGUCAAUGACAGGGGACGAGAGACCAGUAAAAUUUAUUGGCUGUAUUGAGGAUUACAAGGACUGUUGGCUCAUCAAUCACUCAGAUUUUAAAAAUUGUGAUACCAAAGAACCUUGUCAAGGAUCUACAAUUUGCAGACAAGAUAUGGUAAAAGAAAAUAUACCUUCAGUUUGCUUUUAUUAUCAUACAACAAUGGUCUUACCUAUUGCAACUAUAGCUAUUGCCAUUGGUAAAUGGGAAGUAGAUAUUCUUCCAGCAUUAGAAUCCGAGGCUAAGUUAUGUGGGUCAUUUAUAAAAGAAGAUAAAAAAACUAAAGAGGCUCAUCCAUGUAAGCACUAUGAAUACCCUUGUCACAUCCAAUCCAAAGACUGGGGUAGUGAAACUGCUCUAUCUGUGGUUUAUCCUCCAUCAUCAUCUCAAGCAAUAAAGUCAGUUGCAUCAUUUCUACCUUUUGCCCUGCAAGCAUCUUCUGACCUUCUUGGCAGAUACCCAUGCCCUAGGCUGGAAGUUGUUAUAGUACCAAAGUGUUUUGCAAGCUUGGGUUUAGCUUCUCCAAACUUAAUCUUCUUGUCACCAUCAAUGGUAAUGGAUGAUCCUGCAGCCUAUAUUCGUCUUGCACAUGAAAUAAGCCAUGCAUGGUUUGGGAUCAAUAUUGGUGCCCAAGACUGGACAGAAGAAUGGAUUAGCGAAGGUUUCGCUACCUACAUGGAAGACUCUAUCUAUGCACAAGCUACUCUGAUAAAAGAUGCUGUGUACAGCACAAAACAACAAAACAUCCCUGAAACCACUAGUAAAGAUAACCCAGUAGAUAGUUGGCAAGAUCAGGUAGGUGUUGAUAAGAAUGCACAUAGUGAAACUCAGAAAAAAGAUGAGCUGUGUGUUGGGAGUCCUCAUAAUUGUAAUGGGAGCAAAGGUAAAGUACUGACCUGUGGUUCAUUUACAUCGCUAUCAUCACUAGAGCAUAAAGCAAUGAAAAUGAAAUACCACGAGGAACUUUCAGAUCUUAGGGCACAUAUACGAUACAGAACUCUGACAAGUGAACUUGAAAAUUCAAGUGAAGAUUUGCAGAAGCUCAGACCUAUGCAAGGGGAGACUUUAGUUGAUGAUAGUGGCAUUGGUUAUGUCAAAGACGGAAGAAAUCCAGAAAAAACAUUUUUGCAAGUGCAUUAUCUGAAGGGAUAUUUCCUGCUGAAGUAUAUGAGCAAAAUAAUAGGGAGGAAAACCUUUGAUUCAAUGAUAAAAGAUUAUGUAACAUUUUAUCAUGGUCAGUUGGUGUUAUCAGAGCAGAUAAUAGACUUUUUCAUUAGUGCUUACCCAGAGGCUGCAGAAAAAGGAAUGACCCUUAGUGGUCUGUAUGAAGAUUGGCUUAAUCAUCCUGGACUCAAUCCUUAUAUUACAGAAAAAUAUGGUAAUAUAGCAAAUCAGUUAGUGUCUACAGUUAAGUCACAUUUUAAUUAUUGGCUUCAUGUUAACAAAAGUAGUAGACAAAAUCCAAGUGCUAAAAAGAUGAAGAUCAACCUUGAGAAAUUCUCUUUUCCAGACCAAAUUGUCCUACUCUUAGAAUAUAUUUUAGAACUGAGAAGUUUUUCUUGCAAGGCUUUACAGCAGAUAUACCAUCACUAUGACAUUGCAGCUCAGAACGCUGAUGUUCGCCAUAGAUGGUGUGAGCUAGUAAUAUUAAAUAAUUUUCCUGACUUGUGUGAAGUGAGAAGAUUUUUAAUUGAUGACCAGGCAAUGGGAGUGUACCUGUAUGGAGAACUUGUUAUAUCAGGGAAAAAGAAACACAGAAAGUUAGCAGAAGAGGUAUAUAGAAAAGUUCAGCAUGACAUGGAUGAAAAUGCUAGAAUAACUGUUUCUUCAAUGCUGUAUGGAGAGUGAAUCAAGUAUUUUCACAUAAUUUUUUGUCAUCCUUUUUUCCCUCUGUGUUUUUUCUUUUUAUUAUGUCUUUCAUGUUUUUGUUCUUACUUUUUCUCAUUUGAGAAUUUGCAUUCAGGAUUAAACAAGAAUACUGCCAUUAUCUCAGGAACUUGUGUGUUGAUACAUUUUUGUAAAUAGAUUUGAAAUAUAACUACUAAAUGUC